CCGGGGGGGGGCCCGAGGGGGCGGCCGAGGGGGGAGCCCCCGCCGGAGCCCCCGCGCCCGGCGAUGCGGAGCGGGGCAUGGCGGCCCCGCCGCUCUGCCUGCGCCUGCUGGCCGCCGCCUUCUACGGCCUCAGCUCCUUCCUCAUCGUCGUCGUCAACAAGAGCGUCCUCACCACCUACGGGUUCCCGUCCUCGCUGUGCGUGGGGCUGGGCCAGAUGGUGGCCACGGUGGCCGUGCUCUGGGCAGGGAAGGCGCUGCGGGUGGUCAAGUUCCCUGACCUGGACAGACACAUCCCCCGGCGGACAUUUCCUCUACCUCUCCUGUACUUCGGGAACCAGAUCACAGGACUGUUCAGCACAAAGAAACUGAACCUGCCCAUGUUCACGGUGCUGCGGAGGUUUUCCAUCCUGUUCACCAUGUUUGCCGAGGGAUUCUUGCUCAA